AUGAAUUCUUCAUACAGCCAGGCUCUACGGACCCUUGCUCCAGCUACGGACAUUGGAUCCCUGGCCAUUAAUCCUGCCAUUAUUCCUGCUCAAGACACUGUCGUCAAGCCAAUCCGAAAAAGAACAAAUGCCUGUGAAGCAUGCAAGAAGAGGAAAUCAAGAUGUCUAGGAGAGCUUCCGUGUGAUAGAUGUCUUCAGACAGGCACAGAAUGUCAUUUCAUGGAAGAAUCUGAUAGACGAAGAAAGCUUGCACUGCGCCGUAUCGAACAGGAACUAAGUUCAGCCUACUUCUUACUUGAUCAAAUCAAAGCGGCUUAUGAAGCAAGUAACGAGAUAGAGCUCGAGAGACUUAUUAGGAUAUCGAAAGAUAAGUCGGCUUUGACUCCAAGGAUUGACUAUCAAACGCGUCAGAAACUGCAGCCUCUUAAUUCGAGAUCCCAUGCUUUAGAAGAGCCUCAAAGAUGUCGCUCUCUUUCAUCCUCUUCGUCAACCGACCCAGUCGGCGAAAUCGAAACUAUUGAUAUUGAUGUGAACAGAGAUAGGCAAAGCAGAUCAACAGGGUUUAUAGGAAGAGGCUCUGACAUUGCUUGGCUUCAGAGACUUGACGCUGAAGUCGGCGGCCUAGAACGUCCGGGUACCGAACAGCACGCCAAACAUAAUAAAGAAAGUCUCGCUUCUCUAAAUUACCACCUCGACAAUCUGGUUUUAGCGGAUCCAAUUCAUGGUGAUUCCUACGCAAUGCCACCAAAGCCUUGGGCUGAUCAACUGCUUCAAACUUACUUUUCUUCCAUUCACCAAACUUUCCCACUGCUACUCGAACCUUUGUUUUGCCAGCAGUAUGAGAAUGCCUUUCGCAGUCGCUUGUCAACCCCUCCGCAAAGCUGGCUCGUGAUCUUUAACCUAGUCCUCGCUAUUGGAGCUAAAAGUUUGCAGUUGCGCCAAGAGCAUUGGGACGAAGAUCUUGAUGAUCGUAUCUUAGUUUCAAGGGCCAUUGCACUCAAUGCAAAGCAUAAUUCCGUUCUUGGAUAUGUUGAAUUACAACAGGUUCAAAUAAGGACGCUUUUUGCACUCUAUUAUCUGGUUGCUGGCCAGAUUAACCGAUCAUGGCAAUUACUGGGCUUUACUGCCCGAUCUGCUAUAACAUUGGGGCUUAAUCUCCGAGUAAUUAAUGGACACUUGGAUCACGGCUCGAAAGCGUUGCGUUCCAGCCUAUGGUGGUCAAUCGUCAACCUGGAGCAGGUACUUUGUACUGCAACAGGUCGCACGUCUUGUAUUGACUGGCAUUGCUUCAGUAUCACUACUCGUGUAUCUUGCCAAAAGGACCAACUUCGUGGGUCGGAAACUGCCGGCCAUCUUCAUAAAGCACAAGAGGAAGACUUCUUGUUCACAGUAUAUGCCAAUAAUUUGCAGUUGCAGGAAAGGACGAAAUGUUUACAAUAUGUGCAGCCAAACGCUUCUUUAUUCUUCUUCUUCUUAACUGACCUCGCUGUGAUUGGCCACGCGGCAAUUAGCUCAGUGUAUAGUCUACAAUCUCGAUCCGGCACGGCGAGCAAAAAUCAGCAUCAAAUCAUCAAGUACCAACAGAAGCUGAAAGAAUGGCUAUCGUCUUUAAAGGAGACUUGGGCUUUUACUGAUAGCCAUGGACACUACUCCAAAGGCGUGGAGUGUCUAGAGAAGAUAUCGCUAGCUUUCAGCUUCUACAGCAUCCAGAUCAUUCUUAAUCGUCCCUACCUCACCCGCCCCAGGUCACAAAAAGAGACAGGAGUCAAGCGCCCUCGCUCUAGUUUCGAUGAUGACAAGGCACAUGCCUGUUUACAGUCUGCUCUUGAUUUGAUUUCAAUUCUACCUGAUCUUCCAGAUUUGGAGUGGUUUAGCACAAUGGCACCAUGGUGGUCCAUAGUACAUUACUUGAUGCAAGCAUUAGUAAUCCUACUACUCCAACUGUGUGUGGGACAAGCCGGAGUCUCUGGAAGCAGAGACAUCACUGAAGGUGAAGGGGCGGUGGGAACAGCAGAAGAGCCGGAGAAGAUACUCCAAGGAUCCAAAAAGUGCCUUUGUUGGUUAUUCUGUAUCGGCAAUCGAAGUUACAGUGCGAGAAAUGCCUUCAUGACUUGUGAUCGUCUUUUACGCAAAAUUGCCAGCGUUCGAAAAUUGGACCUAAGUGACCUACCAGCUUCUUCGGAUCUAGCUGAUCGAACUGUCGACGGGAAUCUCCAGCACUACUAUUUAGGGUCCUUCAAUGCUGGCAAUACUCGUCCACUGCAUCCGCGAUCAUCAACUAUCCCGUCUCUCAAUCAUGAUGACUGCUGGGGAGCAGAUUACACACAUCCGGAGUCAGCCGUUGACGAGCAAGAAUUUACUCCCUUAACUUUGGACCCUACGCUGCUUGAGGUAUAUGAAACUUUAGUUGGAGACCGCACAUCCAGUUAA